AUGAAGCUUAUCCCUCUUCUCACCAUGGCUGCCUUCGCAGCUGCUGUCCCCACUCCCAAGGGCUGCACGCCUGGAACCUACUCGUGCACGGCCGACCUCAAGGGCUGGCAGGUCUGCAACAUCGACCGUACCUGGGUGCUCGCCGGUGCUUGUCCUCCGAAGACGGCUUGCCUAUUUAACAAGCAGAAUGGUUCGCCGUAUUGCGUGCCCCCUGGCUUUCACUUCUAG